GGCAUAGAUGAAAGACUGCAGGCUAAAAGCUUAGUUGUAAUAUUAAACAAACAAGCAAUGAAAAGUAACACCCUUGCAAGAUAAAGAACAUAUUUCCUCAUCACCGUCAAGUUUAGAGCUGCAGAAUUUCCAGUUCUGGGAUUAUAUUUAGCUUAAACCCGUAUCAGAGCUGGAGGAGGACGGCACCAUGAGGCUGAUAGUAUCACGUCUGCUUCUGUUCUUAACAAUCUCUGUUCCUGCGGGUCAGACUGCAAAAUGCCCACGAGUCUGUGUCUGCGACGACACAAAGCUCACUGUGACGUGUGUAGGGAAGAAUCUCACACAUAUUCCUCCUACUAUAAAUGAGAUCACAGUGAAACUGGACCUGAAGAGGAAUAAUCUUGGGGAACUGCCUAAAAAUGCGUUCAAACACACCUCCUACCUGACCCACCUGAACCUGCAGGGAUGUAGUAUCCAGUCCGUCAGAGAGGGAGCGCUCCGGGGGCUUUCACGUCUGGUGCAGCUUGACCUCACUAACAACAAGAUAGACAUCCUCUACCAGGAAUCGUUUGAUGGUCUAUCAUCACUGAAGCAGUUGUAUUUAGACCGGAACCGCAUUGAAGAGAUCCACCCUGGAGCAUUUGCUGCAUUAAACUCUGUAACCCUGCUCUCCCUCACUCAUAACCAGCUAGUCUACCUCCCCAACAUGGCAUUCCAGGGAAUGCUGAAUAUCCAGUGGCUGCGUUUGAGUCAUAACUCUCUAAACAAUCUGGCGACUGAAGCCUUUGCUGGUCUUCUUGCACUCACACACUUGAACCUGGACCAUAAUGAACUCCAGUACUUUCCUACCAAAACUAUGACCAGAUUGAUGGAGUUGACUCACCUGGAUAUGAGUUUUAACCCCAUGACAUAUCUGGUGGAGGAGAGUGUGUCCAUGCCCAAACUCACACAUCUGUCUCUGCACCACAUGGCUCUGCAGGACCUGUCUGAAUCAGCUCUGUCUCUGUCUCCUCACAUCUCUCACCUAGAUCUGAGCUUCAACCAGCUCCCUUACAUACAGGCCCUCAAAGUGUCCUCGCAGCUCACCAACCUUAACCUCAGCGGGAACCCGAUCAGAUGUACGUGUUUACUGCGAGCGCUGAAGAUGUGGACGCUGAGCUCAGGAAUCAAGCUCUAUGGGGCCUGUGCUUGGCCCCCACACCUCUCAGAUGAGCCUCUACAAAAUGUUCAAGAACAGGACCUCCGCUGCAGACCACAUGACGAGCUGAGGCCGGAUCUGAUAGAAACAGAAGCAAAAGAAGAAGAUGGAGAGCAAGAAAAGGCUGUGCCAGCUGCCAAGCCAAAGAAAAAGAGCAAAUGCCCAAAGAAUUGCCAUUGUGAGGCUGCAGUUCAGCACGCUACAUGUGAGGACCGCGGCCACACUAAAGUGCCCACUGGUUUCCCUGGCAACACUCUUCUGCUUGACUUGCGUGGAAACCAUUUCCAUUAUCUUCCUAGCAACAGUUUCCCCGGUGUCCCAGAGGUGGUGUCUCUACACCUGGACAGCUGUAUGAUCCAUGAGAUCGAGGGUGGCGCCUUCCGGGGCAUGAAGGGGCUAACGUACCUCUACCUGUCCAACAACCAGCUGUCCUCCCUGGACACAAAAACCUUCGAAGGUGCCCAUGAGAUCAUGUACCUUCACCUGGAAGGCAAUAAACUCACUCGGUUUCCUUCUUCAGACACACUGGCUCAGAUCCCCAAACUCCUCGAGCUGCAUCUGGAGAGGAACCUGAUAGCCAAACUAGAGCCUUCAGGGCUCCUCUCCCCGGUCCCCCAGCUGUCGGGCCUUUACCUCAGUAAUAACACCAUCACAUCCAUAGUGCCAAAAGCUCUGGAUCCGGCACACAAGCUGGAUGUCCUUCAUCUUGAAGCUAAUGCGCUAACAGAAGUGCCGAGUGAUGCACUAGGCCACGCCCCUCGUUUGUCUGAGCUCCGCCUCUCAGGGAAUCCGAUUCGCUGGAUUGGGCCAAGAGCGUUUUUGUCAGUGGCUGAAGGUCUGAAGCACCUGCACAUUGAUAGAAUGAGUCUUCAGAAGAUGAGUGCGAGUUCUCUGGCAGGGUUUGGUCCUGGUCUGUUGUCUUUGUCUCUGGAAGAGAAUCAGUUAGAGGAGUUGCCUGACCUUUCACCUCUUACUGGACUUCAAUAUCUUACCCUCAACAAAAAUCCAUUAAUGUGUGACUGCAAAUUACUUCCAUUUUACAGAUGGUUGAACAAUGCGAGUCUGAGGGUUGAGGCCAUGUGCGGUUACCCCUCUGAGCUGCGAGGUCAGUCUGUGAUGGAGGCGACCAUCUUUAAGAACUGUUCUGGAGAAAAUGCUCCUUCCUUCAAGGAGAGCUCCAUCCCUACCAAAGACCCUAUACCAAACAAACCCAUGCGGACCACAAAGGCCAGACCUGUGCAAUCUGAGCCUAAUCCUAAACCAGCAAAGCCCAAACUGACAGCGGCACCAAAGAAAAAAGAGUUUGAUGAACUCAAACCAGUGCGGGCCCUGAAAAAGAACAGGCCAAACAAGAAAAAAAAGGGAAGGCGACCAAGGAUUAAGUCAUCAGUGAAAGUUUUUGAUUUAAACUAA